UUUGAUGAAGUCUGGACCAAUCAGCGCGCGGUAAUCUGACCCCUGCCCCUCGCGCGUGUCAUAUGACAUUCUAUCACAAACCUCGCACCUAGCACGGAGCAGGACUUCUUAGUGAUCGGAUCCUUACAAAAUGGCGUCCUCAGGAGACAAGAAGGAGCACCUGUACAAGAUCCUGGUGAUCGGAGACCUGGGGACGGGAAAAACCUCCAUCAUCAAGAGAUACGUGCACCAGUUCUUCUCUCAGCACUACAGGGCUACUAUUGGGGUGGACUUCGCCCUGAAGGUCAUCAACUGGGAUGCGGACACACUGAUCAGGUUACAACUAUGGGACAUCGCAGGACAAGAGCGGUUCGGCAACAUGACCAGAGUAUACUACAAGGAGGCAGUAGGGGCGUUUGUAGUGUUCGACGUCACGAGAGCAUCGACCUUCGAGGCCGUCUCCAAGUGGAAAAACGACCUUGACAGCAAAGUUCAGCUUCCCAACGGCCAGUCCAUUCCUGCUGUCUUAUUGGCCAAUAAGUGUGACCAGGCAAAGGAAGGCAUGGUAAACAACACGUCCCAGAUGGACGAGUACUGUAAGGAGAAAAGUUUCAUCGGUUGGUUCGAGACGUCUGCCAAGGAGAAUAUCAACAUAGACGAGGCCGCCAGAUAUCUCGUCACAAGGAUACUAGCGAAUGACAAGGCGAACAGUUACGACGAUCAAGUGGACAAAGACAAGAUCAUGCUGGACGGAACAACCACAGAUGAGCCAGAAGGGCGGGGCAGCUGUUGCUAAUGGCAACUCGUUAUAGCUCUGUAAUUAGCACUAAUUAGCCAACAAGGACAUUUUUGCAUUUUCAUAAGUUCACCCAUGUCCAGUAAAAGAUGCGAUUUUCGAAAUAAGAUUUUUCUACCCUUGCAUAUGGAAUGGUGCUAGGGCCUACCAAAUUGUUGGCUAUUAUGUCUCUGGCCUUCGUCAUGUAGAAUGACCAUUGCUGGUUGAGUCACAUGACACGCAGGGUUGUCUCCUGAAGUAAUUUUCCCCCAUCCCACCGUUCGCUUGGGAACCUUAUUAGUUUGUAUUGUUAGAUCUGUCAUUUUAAGGUAAAAAAAAGAUUUUUAUCAGUUUCUUGUCUAUGACACUGUCUGACCUGUCACAAAAUUGACACUUGCAGGUAGUGGAUCAUUCGAACUGAAGAAGGCUGGAGAUACAGCCAUGAAAUAUGAAACUUGUUGACCUCCGUUUACCAGUCAGAAAAAACUUGAAUAUUUCAAUUGAAUGAGACUUUUCACUUUACUUAGGGUUGAAGCAGAAGUAGACCUAGAAGGAACACUGUCAUGCUAGCAUAUACAUGUACCUUGUAAAUUUUGAAGGCUUAAUCAUGUAAAUUGUAAGGAAAAUAGUUGACUUUCAUAAUGCAACCUUCAAGUUUACAAAGAAUCAUCAUGAUGAUCACAGUGCUGUGGUGACUCUGGCCCAAGUUGACAUUAAGUAAUUAUGAUGUUAAACAACCAUUAGGUACACUGUAACCAUAUUCAAUUAUGAUUGCGAUUGGUAUGGGGUUAUUAUCAUGAUAUAACCCCCUUGAGAUUCUGAAUAUGAUGUGAGA